AUGUUGCUGGUGUACCUCAGCUACAAGGUGCUUGUUGCAUUCAUCAGUUUUUCAGAGACCAUGUUGCUGGUGUACCUCAGCUACAAGGGCAACGUCUGGGAGCAAGUGUUGCGCAUUCCGUUCAUUCUGGAGAUGAUCAGCGCCGUUCCUUUCGUGAUCACUGUGAUUUUGCCCUCCCUCAGAAACUUGUUCAUUCCUGUUUUCCUGAACUGCUGGCUGGCCAAACACGCUCUUGAGAACAUGAUUAAUGACCUGCACAGAGCGAUUCAGCGAACACACUCGGCCAUGUUCAACCAGGUGCUCAUCCUCAUCAGCACCCUGGUCUGCCUCAUCUUCACUUGGAUGGAUGAUGCCGAGGCCUGUUUUAUCCUAAGCAACCGGUUUGAAGUGGACCGCUUUGCCGCUGACCAUCAGACCAUUCUUAGGGCCUGGGCCGUGAAGGACUUUGCCCCAAACUGCCCUCUCUACGUGCAGAUCCUCAAACCUGAGAAUAAGUUCCACAUCAAGUUCGCAGACCAUGUGGUUUGUGAGGAAGAAUUUAAGUAUGCCAUGUUGGCCCUCAACUGUGUGUGUCCUGCUACCUCCACCCUGAUCACCUUAUUGAUUCACUCCUCUAGAGGACAAACAGCAUCUUCAGAGGCCUUCAAGCAGCGAGCAGGCGCCUUCCAGCCCCUCAACAGGGAAGGCGGUGCUGGCUCCGUCGACCAAUGGCAGCGCACAUACCGGCGGUGUGCAGCCAAUGAGGUCCACCACAUCCGGCUGGAAGAGAGCCAGUUUUUUGGAGAAUAUCAGGGAAAGAGUUUCACUUUUGCCUCCUUUCAUGCACAUAAGAAAUACGGCGUGUGUCUGAUCGGGGUGCGCAGGAUGGACACAGCCAACAUCCUCAUGAACCCCGGACCCUGCCACAUCAUGGGAGCUUCCGACACCUGUUUCUACAUCAACAUCUCCAAGGAGGAGAACUCAGCCUUUGUCAGGGGCCACAGAGAGCCUGUGAGGGGCCCUGGGGGUGACUCAAGAGGGGUCCCGCAGACAAUCUAUCAUGGCCUCACUCGGCUACCAGUGCACAGUAUUAUAGCCAGCAUGGGCACGGUAGCCAUAGACCUGCAGGACUCCAGUGACAGCAGUCCAGAAGGCUCGGGCCCGCCGGCUCUGGGCAGUGGGAGUGUGAGCAGGAGUGGCUCCAGGACAGAAGUGGGCGGCUGUAACACUCUAGCACUACCUGCCAUGAGUGGCUCAGAGGAGGAGAGGAGACACAGCAUCGCCCCCGUCCUGGAGGUGGUUGAUGGGGUGCACAGCCCUACGUUUGACCUGCUGGGAGACCAAUCGGAGGACGAGGGAGGAGAGGAGGGAAAGGAGGAAGAGGGGGGAGAGCAGAAAGGCCAGUGGUGGGGAGCACACUGCGAAUGGGUCAAAGGCUACCCGCCAAACUCUCCAUACAUCGGCAGCUCUCCUGCCCUCUGCCACCUCCUGCAGGAGAAAAUGCCAUUUUGCUGUCUGCGCCUGGAUAAGGCUUGUCAUCAUAUGCCCUACGAGGACGCUCGCUCAUACGGCUUUAAAAACAAACUGAUUAUCGUGUCCGCAGAAAGUGCUGGAAACGGCAUCUAUAACUUCAUCGUUCCGCUGCGGGCGUAUUACCGGCCCAGGAAGGAGCUCAACCCCAUCGUUUUGCUACUGGAGAACGUACCUGAGACAGACUUCCUGGAGGCCAUCUGCUGGUUUCCUAUGGUCUUCUACACAGUGGGCUCCAUCGACAAUUUGGACAGUCUUCUGCGUUGUGGCGUGACGUUUGCUGACACCAUGGUUGUGGUGGACAAAGAGAGCUCCAUGAUCGCUGAGGAGGAUUACAUGGCUGAUGCCAAGACCAUUGUUAAUGUUCAGACGCUCUUCAGGCUCUUUCCAGCUCUCAGUAUCAUAACUGAACUCACCCACCCGGCCAACAUGCGCUUCAUGCAGUUCAAAGUGAAAGACCACUAUUCUCUAGCUCUCUCCAAACUGGAAAAGAAAGAGAGAGAGAGAGGCUCUAACCUGGUGUUCAUGUUCAGAUUACCGUUUGCAGCUGGGAAGGUGUUUAGUGUCAGUAUGUUAGACACUCUGCUGUAUCAGUCCUUUGUGAAGGACUACAUGAUCUCCAUCACCAGACUGCUGCUAGGUCUCGACUCCAUGCCUGGAUCUGGCUUCCUGUGUGCUAUGAAGAUCACAGAGGAGGAUUUGUGGAUCCGCAGUUAUGGUCGUCUCUACCAGAAGCUGUGCUCGUCGACAGGAGACAUUCCCAUCGGCAUCUACCGCACUGAAGCGCAUAAACUGCCCGUCUCAGAGUCUCAGGUGUCCAUCACGGUGGAGGACUACGAGGAUACACGCGAACCCCGCGAGCCUCUGCUCUGCCGCUCCGGUCUUCACCGUAACUCCACGUCGUCCGAGCCUCCCUCCUCAUCAUCACACGCCAUGGACCACCCGCUCCUGAGGAGGAAGAGCAUGCAGUGGGCGCGGCGGUUGAGUCGUAAAGGUGGGCGGGGCUCCAGCGGGGCCAAGGGAGUGGGGAGUGCCGCCGAGCGCAUCAGCCAGCAGAGACUGAACCUGUUCCGCCGCUCCGAGAGACAGGAGCUCAACGCUUUGGUCCGCACACGCAUGAAACAUCUGGGGCUCUCGCCAUCUGGAUUUAAUGGGAUGACGGACCAAGGCAACAGACUGUCUUAUAUUCUUAUCAACCCUUCCCCCGACACACGCCUGGAGCUCCAUGAUGUCGUGUAUCUGAUCAGACCAGACCUUCUGUCACCAGUGCCUAACCAGGCCGGCGGUCGCAAGCCCAGCGCAGGGCCAGCAGAGGCACAGGAAAGCAGGGCCAGAUUUGAGACACAGGACAGCACUCAUCUAUGAACACAAUCACCACAGGCCACCAGCACGAGAAGAUGGGACAUACUUAUAUGUGUGUGUGUGUGUGUGUGUGCGUGUGUACGGUUGAGAGAGAGAGAGAGAGAGGAAUACCUCUGCAGAAGUGACUGUGAGCUGAAUCUACACUGUAAAAAGUGAUCUAGCUUUUAGUUGCCUUCAGUCAGCUUUCAUGUUAAAUAGUCAGUACAACUGAAAUUGUUGAGAGAACACGAUUUUUAAGCUUUCAUUGACUCAACUAAUGGAUGCAUUUCACAAAAACUAUCGAGAGCCUGUCCAGGUCACAUGAAAUGCCAAAAUUACAAGAAAUAACAAAUUAUGUUUUGCAUAAACAAAAUGAAGCCUUUUUAGGACCGUUUUGAACUGUGAUACUAUUUUCCCUCGCUUUGGAAUACAAGUCACAGCACAUUUCACAUGAUAAAAAAUGCAACUUGUAUUCCAGAAAAUAUGGUAAUUGUAGUUAUGUAACAAUCAUAAUGCUCCUAAAAGUAGGCUUCAUUCUUUAUACAAAUAUAAUUUCUUUUUCUUGACAUGGACAUGUUUUUCACCCAAAUAAAAAAAUAAUUUGAAGUUGAACACUGCCCAGUUUACCAAAUAGGUUUCAUUUCUCAAUAUCUCUCAAGAACAUGCUUGCAAAAAAAAGAAAAAGAAAACGAAAAAAAAACAGUAUUGUCGUGCCCGCUUGCUUAUUACACUUUCAGUCAUAUGU